UCGGUUUCUACUGUUGGAUAUUUGGUUCGAGUGACAUCACCAGUUCCGUCCCAACGCGGAAAUGUUCAAUAUUUGUUUUUAAAUUAUAGGAUCACUCGUCCGGCGUGCAACAGACAUCUGCUGAACCGUGGCAGUGCUGUUAGUGUCUAAGCAUGACGUCGUGAUCUUUUCUCCGACUGUUCGUGAUCAUGGAGGACUUUAGAGUCCGUUCGACCUUAGUUUGUAUUUAUUGACACGCACAACUUCAACCGCUGACAGAUCUGUCAAGAUCAUGGAGAGAAUCGUCCACCGGAGACAACUGUCGCUGUCUUUGCUUUGCCUCAUUGGGGUCGUAUCACAGUGUGAUGGUGGAAGUUCAGUUUCUCUUCCAGAAUCUCUGCUUUUCGUUUCAACACUGGACGGAAGUUUACAUGCUGUUAGUAAACAAACAGGAGACAUCAAAUGGACACUAAAGGAAGAUCCCAUCAUACAGGUUCCUGUCUAUUUUCAAGAGCCAGGCUUUCUACCAGAUCCAAAUGAUGGCAGUCUGUAUGUCUUAGGCGGCAAACAUAAAGAGGGUCUUAUGAAACUCCCAUUUACUAUUCCAGAGCUGGUUCAGUCGUCUCCAUGCAGGAGUUCAGAUGGAGUGCUCUACACGGGUAAAAAGCAGGACACUUGGUUUGUGGUGGAUCCUCAGACGGGUGUAAAACAGACUAGUCUGAGCACCUCAUCCUCGGAUUCUAUAUGCCCAUCAGCCCCUCUGUUGUACAUUGGUCGCACAGAAUACAUGAUCACCAUGUAUGAUACAAAGACUCAGGAGCUUCGGUGGAACGCUACCUACAACGACUACUCCGCCCCUAUGUAUGAUGACACAAAAUAUGAAUACAAGAUGUCCCAUUUUGCAUCCAGUGGAGACGGUCUGGUGGUCACAGUGGAUCGGGACUCUGGCGAGGUCCUGUGGAUGCAGAAGUUCGAUUCUCCAGUGGCUGGGUUCUACCUCUGGAGUCAGGACAGCCUGCGGAGAGCGCCACACCUGACGGUCGCCACGGAAACGCUCCGUUAUCUCACCUUUACUGCAGAAAACACACAGUCCCACACCAUGAAGUGGACCUACCAGUUCACAAAGGAGAAACAUAGCGCUAAGACGCAGCUAGUUCCCACGCUCUAUGUUGGCAAGACGGAUUCUCAUCUCUAUGCUUCUUCCUCUCUUGUGCACCAGGGAGUGGCAAUAGUGCCACAAGGUCUUACUCUUGCACGUAUUGAGGGGCCGGUCACAGCUGGCGUCACAAUGGGAAACGGGCGGCCCGAGUGUGAGAUAACGCCCAGCACUGAUGUGAAGUAUCCACCAGGGAGCUCCAGCUCUCUGCAGAAUAACUGGCUGCUGAUUGGUCACCAUGAGGUUCCUCCUUUGGUUCACACCACUAUGUUGAGAGAUUUCCCAGAGAACCUGCGGCACACUGGUGAUGUCAUCCCAACUGGUUCUAGUUCUUCUUACCGUCGUGUUUCUCACCCAAUGCCACCGGUAACACAGGGCAGCUCUUCCCCCGUCUUCCCUUAUUCUUUGACCUCUGACCCCAGGACUGUGCUGGUGGUGACACUGCUGUUGGGAGCGUGGAUUGCUUUCCUGCUGCUACACAAAAGGCCGGUCAAAAAUUCCCAGAAUUCUGAGGUGCCAAUGGUCUCCAACCAUCUGACAAGUCAGAAUGCUUCAACAGAACCCAGCACUCCACCCUCAUCAUCAUCAUCCUACAUCAAUAACAAUCAUUCAGGGAAGAUGGAGUUUGACUCUAAUCAAACCCUGCCAUUCUCAAGUAAAGACUCCGCUCCUGUAACGACAGCCGCCCAGUUGCAGAAUGGACACCCAGAAGUAGUGGAAGUUGGUAAAAUCUCCUUCAGUCCUGCUGAGGUGCUGGGCCAUGGAACCGAGGGCACGUUUGUUUUCCGGGGACAUUUUGACGGCCGGCGCGUGGCGGUAAAGCGCAUCCUGCCCGAGUGUGUGGAGUUCGCGGAGAGAGAAGUUCAACUCCUCCGGGAAUCAGACGAACAUCCCAACGUCAUCCGUUAUUUUUGCACGGAAAGGGACAGACAGUUCACGUACAUCGCCAUAGAACUGUGUGCCGCUACGCUUCAACAGUGUGUGGAGGACCCAAGCUGCCCUUACUCGAACCUGAACCCAGUGUCACUCCUGGAGCAGACCAUGUGUGGCCUCAAUCACCUGCACUCUCUUAACAUCGUUCACAGGGAUUUAAAGCCACGCAACAUUUUGCUCUCUCUCCCCGGUGUGCUGGGUCGAGUCCGGGCAGUGAUCUCUGAUUUCGGCUUGUGUAAGAAGCUCCCCGAUGGACACCACAGUUUUAGCCUACGCUCUGGAAUACCAGGGACUGAAGGCUGGAUUGCACCAGAAUUGCUUAUAAAUGCUCCAAAAGGAAACCCUACCAGUGCUGUGGAUAUCUUCUCGGCUGGAUGUGUGUUUUAUUAUGUGACGUCCAAAGGACAGCAUCCAUUCAGUGAUUCGCUACGACGUCAAGCCAAUAUCCUCUCCGGAGUCUAUAACCUCGACCACUUUAUGGAGAAUUUACACGAGCACGUGAUUGGACGUGAUCUGAUUGAACGGAUGAUCAGUGCAGAACCAGAUAUACGCCCUUCAGCAGCAUCCGUUCUCAAACAUCCCUUCUUCUGGAGUCCAGAGAAACAGCUGCAGUUCUUUCAGGAUGUCAGUGAUAGAAUAGAGAAAGAGCCGUCAGAAAGUGCCAUAGUGGUGCGUCUGGAGAACUCUGGCAGAUCUGUAGUAAGAACUAACUGGAGGAUGCACAUAUCAGCACCACUUCAAGCUGAUCUUAGAAAAUUCCGCACAUAUAAAGGGAAUUCUGUGAGAGAUCUACUCAGGGCAAUGAGAAAUAAAAAACAUCAUUAUCAUGAACUCCCACCUGAGGUUCAGUCAGCCCUCGGCGAAGUCCCCGAUGGCUUUGUGGUGUAUUUUACCUCCCGUUUCCCGCGGUUACUGCUUCACACACACUCGGCUCUGAGCAUCUGUGCCCCAGAGAGACUGUUUCAUCCGUACUACCAUCACUAAACAUUCUCCACAGACUCUUGUUUGUUCUUAUAGUAGAUUAGAGAGAGAAGAAAUGAAGAAAAAUCUAUAAUACUUGAUUUCAGAGCUGUGAACGCUUCGAUGAACGCUACUUACAAUGUUUGGUUUUACAAAGAAAAUCUUUGAAAUAUGGGACUCUUUUACAACCAGGUUCCCACUGGACUUGUUGAGAAAAUAUUAUGUUUGUGCUUUUACCAAGGACAAAUCUUAGGUCAUUUUUUAGAGGCUACUGAGUGUGUUAGCUCACCCAAAAUCGUGUCAUAUAUGCAUCCUCGUGUUAUUAAACAUGUAUGACCAAUGGGGAAAACCAAAAGGAAUGUACUAAGUGACUAUAGGCUUAGAAACGGUUACUGACUGCAGGCUACCUUUAUUCAUAAUUGGUAGAAUUCCAUGUGGUACUUUUUAUAAAUAUUUUUAUUUUGAGGCGAUAAGAAUCUUCAAGAAUUAUAAAAGCCAGGGCAACAUCUAUUGAUAAAUUGUUAUUUCAUUGAUUCUUUAAAAUCAUUUAUAAUGAUUCGAUUUCGUUGUCUUGAUCAUAUCGUACACCAAGUGUACACAGUACGUUUGAAUCUGAUAAACUAUGUUAUAUUAUGCACAGAACAUCGCAUCCCUCAUCUUGAUCUUCAAGUGCUACAUAUUAUAAGAACAGACAGAGAUAUGGUGUUACACAACUAUACAUUUCCCACUGAGUAUUCCCAUAAAUCCUGCUGUACACAAGGAAAAUUGUAUUGCACAUUUUAACACCACUCAGUAAUUUUAUACUGCAUGUUUUUGUAUCUUUUUAUAAAUGAAUUGUUGGGGACACUGGAAAAUACAAAUUUGG